UUCCGCAAGAUGGCGGCAGCCAAGGACCGUUGCGGUGAGGGGCAAGUGGACCCCGGAAAGGGGCAGCGCCUCCACCUGGGGAUUCCUGAGGCUGUGUUUGUGGACGACGUGGACUCCUUCAUGAAGCAGCCGGGGAAUGAGACCGCAGAAACGGUACUAAAGAAGCUGGAUGAACAGGCCCAGAAGUAUAAAUUCAUGGAACUCAAUCUUGCUCAAAAGAAAGAGAGAUUAAAAGGUCAGAUCCCUGAAAUCAAGCAGACUUUGGAAGUUCUGAGAUACAUGCAGAAGAGAAAGGAGUCUACCACUUGCUUAGAGACCAGGUUCUUACUGGCAGAUUACCUGUACUGCAAAGCUUGGGUUCCUCCUACUGACAAAGUGUGUUUGUGGCUGGGAGCUAACGUAAUGCUUGAGUAUGAUAUUGAUGAAGCUCAGGCCUUGUUGGAAAAGAAUUUAUCAGCUGCCAUGAAGAACCUUGAUUCUCUUGAGGAAGACCUUGACUUUCUUCGAGAUCAGUUUACUACAACAGAAGUCACUGUGGCCAGAGUUUGUAAUUGGGAUAGCAAAAGAAGAAACAAAAAUGAAUCUACCAAGAACAAAGUGUCGUAUUAGUUGGCGAUUAAAAAUGUCAUUCACUUUUCCAAACAUGUAACUUUAAAUUCUCCAGCGUUUUUCUUUCAAGAUUGAUAUAACUUUGAGUGAUUUAAGAGCAAGAAUGAUUAAAACUGUUUUUGAAGAUGAACACCAUUUUAUUUAUAAAAACAAAAUUAGUUUCAAAUACUUUAUCAAAUUAACAAUAUUUUUCACAUUUCCAAACAAAUUAAUAGCGCUUUCGUCUUUUCAUUUUGCAUCUGUUAUAAACACAACUCAGCUAAAAUCAGUGGAAAACUGAGAUAUGCUAUGGAAGCUGAAUGCUGGGCAUUAGCACAGUUUACUUCUUACUGACUUAUGUGGUUAAACCAUUUUCAAGGUAGAAAAGACAGCCAGUUUCAGUAUUUAUAAACUUAAUUUUUUAGUAUUUGUAAGAUUUAUAGUCCAUUGUUGCUGUUGUCGUCUGUCAUUGGAGUUUUGUGAGUGACUGCUUGACAAUAACUAUUAUGAUAUUGUGAACUUUUCAGAAAAUGCCUAUUUGUCUUCCUAAAUAGUAAGGGCUACAACUACUUCUAAUGCCAAGUAAAUGCAAAUGUCUUUCCAGUAAAAGCAUAAAGUAUAUCUUAGCCAAUGUGGAGUAGUAUGCAUUGGAAACACUUAGCUAAGGUAAUUUUAUAUUUCUUAACAAUUCCCUCAUAGUGAUGUUAAGAUAAAUGUAAAUCUGCCAUGGUUGAAAAGAACUGUGAGCCUUUUAUGCACAAUAAAUCUGUAUAGGAAUAGUAAAAAGAAAAGAAAUCCCUGUGGAAAACCUCUGGUACAGUGGCAAGCACUGAGUAAUACAG